GCAAGAUGGCAGCUGUUGUUGAGAAUGUUGUCAAACUGUUGGGAGAGCAGUACUACAGAGAUGCCAUGGAGCAAUGCCAUAACUAUAAUGCCAGGCUGUGUGCUGAGAGGAGUGUCCGCAUGCCCUUCCUCGACUCUCAGACCGGUGUGGCUCAGAGCAACUGCUACAUUUGGAUGGAGAAGAGACACAGGGGACCAGGCAUGGCUCCAGGGCAGCUCUACACCUACCCAUCCAGGAGGUGGAGGAAGAAACGGAGAUCUCAUCCUCCAGAGGACCCCCGGCUUAUCUUACCACCUGUCAAGUCAGAAAUAGAUAUAGGACUGAAGAAGGAUCCUCUGUUGUCGUCGGACGGCAGCAGCCUGGAGGCCCUGCUGAAGGGGGAUUCUUUGGACAAACGCACACCCGCAGAUCUCCGAGGGUCUGAAGAAGAUUCCAACCUAAGUGAUUACACCGGAGGUCUGAACCCUACUGCCCGGAUUAGAAAGAGAAUCCUUGAGCCAGAUGACUUCCUGGAUGACCUGGAUGACGAAGACUACGAGGAAGACACGCCUAAAAGAAGAGGCAAAGGGAAGGGGAAGGGUCGAGGAGUGGGCAGCAGCAGCAGGAAGAAGCUGGACACAGCAGCACUGGAGGACAGAGACAAGCCGUACGCCUGUGACAACACUAUCAAACAAAAGCAUAUUUCAAAACCUUCUGAAAGAGUCUGUGGGAAGCGCUACAAGAACCGUCCGGGUCUGAGCUACCACUACGCCCACUCUCACCUGGCCGAGGAGGAAGGCGAGGAGAAGGAAGAGGUCGAGAUCAACGAGCCCGCCCUGCCGUUGCCCGAGGAGCCUAAAACUCCAAAGAAAGGCCCAGACGGUAUUGCGUUGCCUAAUAAUUACUGUGAUUUCUGCCUGGGAGACUCCAAAACCAACCACAAGACCGGCCAGUCGGAAGAGCUGGUGUCUUGCUCCGACUGCGGACGCUCAGGCCACCCCUCCUGCCUGCAGUUCACUCCUGUAAUGAUGGCUGCCGUGAAGACAUACCGGUGGCAGUGCAUAGAGUGCAAGUGCUGCAACAUGUGCGGAACCUCAGAGAAUGAUGAUCAGCUUCUGUUCUGCGAUGACUGUGAUAGAGGCUAUCACAUGUACUGUCUCAACCCACCCAUGUCUGAACCUCCAGAGGGAAGCUGGAGCUGUCAUCUAUGUCUGGACCUUUUGAAAGACAAGGCAUCCAUAUAUCAGAACCAGAACGCCCCGCCAUCGUGAUGGCCGCUCCUCCUGCACACACUCUUCACUCAGCCAUCGCACAGCAGUAUGCUUACCCUUCAAAACAGAUGAUAAACUCCCCUUGACAAGCUGACCUCGGAGGGAGUGUGUUCAAAAGAGGUGAUAAAUCGUAAAAAGGGAAGUAUACCUUACCAAACUGAUCUCACUUUGCUUCAGAUAUGACUGUUACACAGUUCCAAGCUCAGAUUCAGCCCCAUAGAUUUUUAUUUUCAACUCUUUGCCGCAUAGCCAAUUUGAGAUACACAGCAUAAAUAGCCAAAUUAUCACUUCCUGUUCAGCUUUUUUUUUACACAUACAUCUACACAACAUUGUUAAAACCUUGUCUUUCUCUUGCAAUGUACUGAUUUUAUGACUAGAGCAGAAAUAGAGCUCACUGGAAUCAAGUAGCAUGCCAAUGCUUGCUCAUCGUUAAAAAAUAGACAUUUUAUAAUAUUUAUAUAUUUCUAUGGUAUAAAAUAGUGUUAAGUAUGUAUAAAUUGGAAAGAGAAUGGUCCUGUAAUGGUCUUUUUAUUAGUGCCCAUCUCAUCAUUAUGGAAAAGAAAUCCACUAACAUGUUAUUUUAUGGCACUGCUGAUAUUUGGUGAUUGAUUUGAUAGAGUCAAAGGGAUCUGCUGAGACUAUAAAUGAUUUUUCAUCUCAUCCACGGCUGACUCAUCAUUCUGGCUCACACAGAAACUUGACAAACACAGGAACUUUGACUAGAAAUCCUGACAUGCUCGUCAAAAUGGCUCCAAAGGCUGAAUGACUUCAGGGACAGCAGGUCAGACUUCGGUCGCCCACUUUGUGUUUGUGGCUAACGAGCUCAAAAGAAUCAUGAGGACACACUGAUGACGCGUUUCAUUCAGGCUCUGGGGCCUUUUUGACAAAAGUAUCUGCUCUUCUUUCUGGUCCUGUCGACUGCAGCGGCACAACGCAGACAUGAUGCUGAAACUUUAAUUGAAAAACUGUCUUCAAGCUGCACACCAGGGGCUAGAUGUGUAAAUUCAGUGUAGAUUCAUGAUUAAAACUGUGUGUAUAUACACAGCCAGAAAUAUGCAUCAGAAUUAUAAAGCUGUGUGUACACGUGGUUCUUUUCUGUUGUAGAAAACUCAUCAUAUGCUCCCUUCUCAGCCAGUCUUCAGACCUGUCAGUGAAACAAAUGGCAAAAAAACCCAGCAGUUUCAUUGAUUGUGUUGCACCAACGAAGUUCUCCAACAACCAGAACAGCUGUCAUUACACACAACCAUUAUGCACGUUUGUAUCAUUAAUUCAUUAUAUAGGCCUGUAAAAAUCAUUGGCAUAAUAAAUUUCAGCAAUGUAAUCAAGGAUUAGUUUGUAGUGCUAAUAUUGAAACAGACUUUACAGGGUGUGUCCCAAUUAUGGAUAAAUAAGAGCGAAAUUAAGACUAUGUAAAUUAGAAGAAUGAUCAAAUAGAUAACACAAAAGUAAUUUAUCAAUAUUAAGAUGGGAAAAGCACCUCUGCACCGUUACGAAACGCAGUGUAAAUGCAUAGAGAUCACACAGUGCCGUUGAUUAACAACUUCAUGUUUUAUUCAGAUUGUUUGUCUCACUGUAUUCUCCACUUUGAUACAACCUGCAACUGGCUCUGGAAAUACACAUGUACACCUUGUCUGAAGUUUGUAUGAGGGGAGCACAUUCUCAUUGUAAAGUUAUGUUUUCAUAAAUGCCAGUUUAGGUUUGGGAAGUGGUGUAUUCAUAGUUUGUAUGUGUGGUUUAUACAUCUGGCCCCUGGUCUUUGUUUUACAGAUGACAUCAUGGUAUGAUGAUGAUUCUUCCAGUCAAAUCAAAAACAAAUCGGCCUUGCAUUAUCAGCCAGGUAAAGGGAUUAAAAAGCCUUCACUGAUGUGUUCUAGUAGUUUUCUGAUCAUGCACCAUAUAUCUGUUGAUGUGACACCACUAGAUUAUUUUAAUGUAACUGAGGACUGUGCGACCUUGCAUAUGGUCACUUGCUGACAAUAUUAAAGCGAUAUAAGAGCCCCUGUAGGAUGCUGGGACAACAGGGACUGAUGGCAGAGUCUGUUUAUGCUCUGUUACCUGAUUAUGUGCGAUACUGUAAAGUGCUAUUACAGACAGGGGACUGUGGCAACAAUGAUGGAAGGCUCCACAUAGUAGAAAAAGAGUUUAUAAUGUGUAUAGUCCUAUGACGAGGCGGCUCUUUUUGUCACUGCUUUCAUAGUUUUAUUAUGCAAUGGUUUCCUUCUGUGGCAAGGCUAACAGAAAAAUGUCUGGCUGAACUGCUAAAGCAGUGACUUUACCUCAAACAGAAACAGUAUUUAAAGGGUUGAAACAUGCUGUAGAUAAAUGGGACACAGGCAGAGGGAUACAUAGUAAUGACAGCUGCAGUUCCUGCUUCAAUAACUGCAUACUCUACAGUUAAACAAGUGCAUGCUCAGUAAUUGUCUGCACUCUCAUAUACUUCGUAGUCGUCUCAGCAUUAGGUUGGCAAAGGUGUUGGGGAAGUGGUGUAAUAUAAAUUAACCAUGCUAUCAUGUCGUUUCAAUAGCCAACUAACAAUUACUAAAGCAUUACACAAUUAUAACUUGGUUUAUUUUCUCAUCACGUUUUAAACUUACUGUUAUUUAGAGACAGUGGCUACUAGAAUAUUUUGCUGGUUGUUUUUGUAUUCAUCGAUGGUGUUUGCGUACCUGAUGUGUGGGACAUUUGGGGACUUAAGUGAAAGUUGCUUUCUAGUUAAUCCAGUGAUCCCGGUGUCAACUGAGCCGCUCUCUUCCAAAGUUCGAAAACAAGAAGCAAAGCCCAUAAUGUGAUUAAGAGACCAACUCUGAGCUGCACCGUCAACACAGAUUGGUGAAGUAAUGAUGGGCCCAUUAUCCACCUUCCAGGCUGCACUCAGAGGAAAGCCGUGAACAAAAAGUAAGUUCACCUGUUGGCUGUUGUGUUAUUUUUUUCAUAUCAGAUUAUGGUUUUCUGGUUUCUAGCUUUGGGAGAGAAUCGUCCAUGACAACAAAUUAUGUUUGAACCAAGAUCAUAGGUUUACAAAGUAGGUGAAUUCUCUUAGGGUGAACUUUCAUUUGGAUUGUGAUGGAAUGUUUUAUUGUAUGAAAUCUGUCUUCAGGAAAAUAAACUACUAGGCACUAUAA